AUGCCUCGACUCGUUCUUAUGCAUUUAGUUUUCGCAGAAGUAAGACGUCAAAAAAUAGCAGUCCGGCAAGGUCUUAGACGUAAAAGGUUAUUUAAAGACCGAACCAACCCACUUGAUAUUUAUGAUGAUGUUGACUUAUAUCAAAGGUUUAGGUUUCGUCGUUCUUCUAUUUUCCAUUUGGAAAAUUUGCUGAAAAUAGAUUUACAACCAAAGUCAAAUCAAAGUUUUUGUGUUCCGUCAAUCUAUCAAUACCCAACUGAUCCACAUGUUUUAAAUGAAAGCAGAGUAACUUUUUAUAAUGUGGCAGAAUUUCCGAGAAUAACUGGAUUAAUAGACGGCACGCACGUUUCCAUACAAAAACCACGCAAGUACGAAUAUGUUUAUGUCAAUAGAUCAUCAAAUCAUUCGAUCAAUGUCCAAGUGGUGUGUGAUUAUAACGGAAAGUUCAUUGAUAUUGUUGCAAAAUGGCCUGGAAUAACACAUGACGCAAGAAUUUUAAGAGAAUCAAAGCUUAGUAAAAAAAUGAUAGAUGGAACACUUAAAGGUUUAUUACUUAGCGAUUUCGGAUAUCCAUGUUUUCGUUGGUUGCUUACGCCGUAUCUAAGUCCAACUACAGCAGCUCAGCAUUGA